GAAAGAAGUCUCUACAUUCAGAUUCAUAUAGUUGCCAUUGUACAGCUUAAAGCAUGCAGUGCAAAAUCCCAUCCUCAUCUGCCAUCUUCCUUCAGCUGUCAGUAAUGCUGUAUAUCUGCAUUGGUGUAACUAGGGCAGCAGAUCUGCGUUGUCAGUGUAUCAAUACCACCAGAGUGUUAAAACCUAUUGACAAGACACAAGUUAUGAAUGUGGAGAUUAUCAAUAGUGGUCCUUACUGCUCCAGAGUAGAAGUCAUUAUCACAUUAAAAAAUGGACGUAAAGAUUGCUUAAAUCCAGAAGUCAAGUGGGUAAAGCACAUGAUCAAUAAUGUUCUUGUGAAAAAGGGCAUCAAGACACGAGUAAAACUACAACGAAAGAACUAGAAUGAACAUGAACACAAUUCGAAUGGAAAUCCUUUUUGUGAAAAUAUCAUAAGUGUUCACAUAUGUUACUUUCUGGUCCACUCCUGACCUUAUGACAUGUAACACUCUUCGAACCAUAGACCAUCAUUUUGAAGUUUUUUUUAUUUAUUUCCUAUACAUUUCCAAACAUAGCAGUUGUAAGAUAUGGAAGAUAUACAGCACAUUUUAAACAAUGGAAAUGCACUAGUAUUCUGGCUCACAUGCCAUGUACCACAUUUUGUGUUAGAAAUGGCUUCGGGUAAAGAAGGCAUGGCUUAAAAUGUGUCACACUAUGCUAACAUUUUGGCAUAAAAUAAAACUUGCAAAGAGAAUCUGUUUCCAAGUUUAUGUACUUGAGGACAGCAUAAAGUUAGGUUUCCUCACAUGUUUUUUUUCUGGUGUUUUUUUUUUUUUUUUUUUUUUUUUUUAAACUGCGACGGCAGUAGGAAGGAGAAGUGUAAGUCCAUCAUUUGAAUAUCCUAUUAUUAUUAUUAUUAUUAUUAUUAUUAUUAAAUAUCCUAUUCCUUUUGAAUACAUUUCUGGCUUUUGCUAAAAAAAUGCCAGAAUAACCUGUGUGGAAACCAAGCCUAGACCCAGUGACAGAUUUUCUUUAAAUCUGACAGUGUUAUUGUUAUGUAUGUGUAUAUAUACAAUGUAUAUAUAUUGUGUUAUACGUUGUUAUACUGUUGUAUACAAGCAAACAAUGAGGAAA